AACUCAAAUUUUUCAGUUGGAAAUUUUCUACGUUGGCGAGUAGUCGUGAGCAACAGAAAUUGUGAAAGCAGAAGCAGCAAAAGCAGAGUUUUGGCUGGCUGGCUGCUCUGUGAGAUUUUCAUCCAUAUUAGAGCCCACUCUGAGAACAAAAAUAAAUUCAGAAGAUUCUUUCAUAGAUUUUGUAAAGCGGGAAACUUUAAAAACAGAGACAUAAUCCGCAAGUGUUUUUUUGUUUGGUGUUUAUUAUUUACAAAUUUUACUCUUGUAAUAAAGCGACCAUAACUAUUUGAGUUGCUGAUUUCGUUGGGGUUUACAGUGCUUCCAGCGGUGGUAGAAACUCGGAAUUUUUCAAUUUUUUUCCUUAUAAUUUAUUGUAAAAGUGUCCAGUAGCAACGACGCUUAACGGCGUUGUUGAAAAGUCGGCCCGAUGAUGGCAUUGCCAAUGAACUCACUUUACUCCCUUACGUGGGGCGACUAUGGCUCGUCACUGGUGACGGCCAUUCAACUUUUGCGCUGUCACAAUGACUUGGUGGACUGCACUUUGGCUGCUGGCGGGCGCAGUUUUCCAGCGCAUAAAAUUGUGUUAUGUGCAGCGUCGCCAUUUCUACUGGAUCUGCUAAAGAAUACACCAUGCAAGCAUCCGGUAGUGAUGUUGGCCGGCGUCAAUGCCAACGACCUGGAAGCGUUGUUGGAGUUUGUUUAUCGCGGCGAAGUAAGCGUCGAUCACGCACAACUACCGUCGCUAUUGCAAGCCGCACAAUGUCUGAAUAUACAGGGAUUGGCACCGCAAACUGUCACAAAAGAUGACUACACCACGCAUUCGAUACAACUACAACAUAUGAUACCACAACAACACCAUGAACAAGACCCAUUGAUCGCCACAAUUGCUACCGCACCACAACAAACCGUACAUGCUCACGUUGUCGAGGAUAUCCAUCAAGGUGGUCAGAUUUUGCAAACUACUACCCACACCAAUGCCGCCGGACAAACACAGACCAUUGUGACCGCUGAAUCUCCUAAGGAUGUUAUUCAACAAUUCUUGCCUGCACGCAAGCGCAAGCCACGUGUCAAGAAAAUGUCGCCUACUGCACCCAAAAUUGCUAAAAUUGAUGGCGUUGAAACGAUUAUUGCUACACCGACCACUCCCACUAACGUCGUCCAACAUCAGACCACACAACAACAGCAACAACAACAACAACAGCAACAACAACAACAACAGCAGCAGCAGCAGCAGCAGCAGCAGCAAUUACAGGCACAACAAAGCAUUGAAAACGGCAAUGAGACGCAGAUUAUCACCUCGACACCGCACAUCAAGAGUGAGGCGAGCAAGGUUGAGACAAUUGUGACUAUGGAUCCGAAUAUUACACCGAUAUCGACAGCAAAUACCAGCGAAGCAAGCGCCGGCGGCACAACACCAGCAAGCAGCACGAAGACAGUCAAACGCACCAAGAGUGAAUCUCGUUCACGCUCACAAUCGGAACAACCGGCUACUUGUCCCAUUUGCUACGCAGUCAUCAGACAGUCACGUAACUUGCGACGUCACUUGGAACUAAGGCAUUUCGCUAAACCUGGCGUAAAGAAGGAGAAGAAAAGUAAGUCUGGUGGUAAUGAUAUGGAAGUUUUAGACAUAACGGCAGAGGAGGGCACUGUCAUAGCGGCAAACGUAAGUGACAUAGCGGCGACGACAAGCGGAAGCUUCCACACAGUUGCUGGUAAUGCCACCACCGCAUCAAAUGCAACGAGCACACCCAUCAUCCCACAGGUGCAAUCGGUGCAAUCGCUACACACUUUACAUACGGUACAAGUGAAAAAGGAUCCGGAUGCACAGAAUCAAGGCCAACAAACGAUGACUGUCACAACUACGUCAGGUGCUGGUGGUGCUCAACAACAACAACAACAGGUGCAACAGCAACAACAGCAACAGCAACAGCAAGUUCAACAGGUACAGGUGCAACAGGCACCACAACAGCAGCAACAGCAACAACAAAUACAACAUCAUCAAAUAAUUGAUCAAUCGGGUAAUAUAACAACAGCCACCACAACAGCGGGCGGCCAACAGCAACAACAACAACAAACUGGUGGACAAAUUGUUACGCAGACGGAGAAUACAGAUGGUACAACAUCGUUGUCGAUUGCGCAGGUGCAAACGUUGCAGGGUCAUCAAAUACUGGGCAAUAUAAAUCAGGUGAAUAUGAAUGAAUUUCAAACGCAUUCACAAUUGUAAAAUGGAUGAUGGAAGAGGAGGAAGAUGAAGUAAAAUGAGCAACUUUAAAUAAGAAGUUUAGCGAGAAGAUAUCAGAAAUU